CUGGUCAUUCAUUCGUGUUUCUAAACGUAAGCAUUUUUAAAAAGUUAUCGGAAAAAGGCAAAGCGGGUCACGGAAGCUAAAUAAAAUUUGUGAAAACACACAAAAGCCGUACUUUACUCGGAUAAUCCUUGUAAAUCAACUUGCGAAUUCAUAAACAAUGGCCCACACAAUACUGUUGGUCCAACCCGGUCCGCGUCCCGAAACCAGGACAUACUCGGACUACGAGAGCGUCAACGACUGCAUGGAGGGUGUCUGCAAGAUCUACGAGGAGCAUCUGAAGCGGAGGAACCCAAACACACCGACCAUCACUUACGACAUUUCUCAAUUGUUCGAUUUUGUUGACCAGCUAGCAGACCUGAGUUGCCUAGUGUACCAAAAGUCAUCAAACACAUACGCACCGUACAACAAGGACUGGAUCAAAGAGAAGAUCUACGUGCUGCUCCGCCAGGCAGCCGGUCAGGGGGACUAGGAGCGGGCCCGACGCCAGCGAGUCAAACAAGAAACGUGACUUUGUGAUUUUGGUUACUAUACUUUGUAAAAUAUAUCAUGAGCCCUAUGACAGCUAUCAAAUCCAUGCAUUUUAUUAGUCAUCUGAAGAAAAAACCAACUUUUUACCAAGCAUAAGGAUCUGUCAAUCAAAUGUCAUAGGAUGCAUGCUAUAUUUUAUGGAGUAGAACUUUGACUUUUAUAAUUUCUCUGUAUUAUGUUUAAAAGAUUCUCUAUAUGAUUUUGUGUUCUAGACAUUUAAUUUAAAACUGUACGGGGGAGACUUGUAUGACUAUCAAAGUAAAGGUCACCGCACAUAUAAGCGUUUCGUAAAGGGAUUGCCUCUUUUUCUUCUGUCAACUAGUAGGAAGCAAGCUCGCGAACACCUGAUAAAUAGAAGAAAAAAAUGCGAUCCCUUUACGCACUUAUAUAUGCUAAGAACGUUCUCAAUUUGAUGGAGUUGCUUGCCAGAGUUGAAAUGUGUGCUAUAAGCAUUCGAGUGAAAGAGACAGACACCUUAGUUAAAAGUUUGUUUUCACAAGCUACCUUCGUGAAUUUUCUACCUAAAGUUUCUUGAUAGUUACUGCUACAGGCGUCACUGUGUAUGUGAGAAAACAUACACUUUAGUUUAGGUGAACAAUCCCAACCCGUACUAAUCCUGCAGAUAAAAAUAUGUAAAACAUUAAUGUAGUUGUAAAUAAAGAAUUAAAACUUUAAAAAUUACAUAAUAUAUUGAUGGUCUCUAGAAUCCCUGAAAUAAACUUUUGUAGCUCACUUAUUGUACCCAAAAAUCAUCUCUGUAAGUGUAACUCCCGGUUAUGUAGUUACCCUAUCCGUUUUUCAAUUAAUGUCUUUGUAAAUGUACAAAUGAUAGAUGUCUAAUAAUAUAACUAGAAUAUUUGAAAAAAUUGUAAUCAUUGUUAUGUAGCUACAGCCUUAACCCCUUAUUCAUAGAAAAUUUACAGACAUUUAGCUAUUGAACUGUUUUGUCCCUCUCUAUCAAUACCUAAAACGUCCUAUAUAACUUUUCUGUGAAUUAAGUUGUUAUUCUCAAGGAAAAAUAUGGCUAACCUUAAACCUUAAGGUAUCAUUAAUCUGAUACUUAAUUAGGUAUAUAUUUUUUCUCAGCAUCAGUAAAAUUUCUGGAAGUGUAUGUAGAAAUGUUGACCAAAACUUAUACAGGGUGUUAAAAAAGUGUUUGGUACUCCGUUAAAAGGUUACUCAGGGGGUCACGGAUUUCAAAAAGAAAAAGUUGUUUAGAAUGACAAGCUGAGUAACCUUCCUUCGGUUUUCUAAUCGACUUUCUCAACACUUGUAUAACUUCUCUAGGGUACCUAUUUUUUAUGGUUAGUGAAUUUGAUUUUUGAACUAAAGAAUAUCAUAGUACGUGUAUACAUUCAGUAAAUUUUUGGAUUCUGUUUUCCUAACAAAUGUUUUGGUCGCGACUGUUCAACAUUGUUUUUGAGUUAAGUUUGUGUUUGAUAACACAUUUUUUAUUAGAUAUAAGUCAGACUAAAGUUUAGGUAUAAUAAAUACUUAUAAAUAAUA